ACUCACCCACCCGCAAGAACCGCGCACUCAAACAUUGACUUAACCAUAGGCACACAGCAGCAAAACAUGCGACCCCAACACUGGGGGUCGCGUGUCCUUUUCUCUAUCCAACCUCUUUCCACCUCCAUUCUCCCUCACCCGUUGUUCAAUCUCAGUGCAGGGGUCGCAUGCCCCUUUAUGUGUUAUUGCUUCAUCUCACUUUAUUCUCCUUCACACCAUUGAUUACUCGAUGUCUCAUACUUCCUAGGUCAAACAAAUUCCUUUCUUCACAUCCUUAUGUUCUCCAAACUUUUUUCACCCGAGUCACUAUAGUACGGCAUAUGCCGAUAGGCACGGUUACGUACUCUAAAAUGAAUCCAUCCAUCCAUCCAUCCAUCCAUCCAUCUGUACAUGAGGGGACUUUCACAACGUGGAGUGUCGUCGGGUUAGUAGGGUCGGGGUGACGGUGUCCUCUGGGGUCUGGUUUCGGGUUGGUUUGGU